GGGAGCGGGACAGCCAGCGGGACAGCCAGCAGCGGAGGCCCGGCGCGCAGCCCACCCAGGGACCAUGGGCUCCAUGUUCCGGAGUGAGGAGGUGGCCCUGGUCCAGCUCUUUCUGCCCACAGCUGCCGCUUACACCUGCGUGAGUCGGCUGGGCGAGCUGGGCCUCGUGGAGUUCAGAGACCUCAACGCCUCGGUGAGCGCCUUCCAGAGACGCUUUGUGGUUGAUGUUCGGCGCUGCGAGGAGCUGGAGAAGACCUUCACCUUCCUGCAGGAGGAGGUGCGGCGGGCUGGGCUGGUUCUGCCCCCGCCUGAGGGGAGGCUGCCAGCACCCCCACCCCGGGACCUGCUGCGCAUCCAGGAGGAGACGGAGCGCCUGGCCCAGGAGCUGCGGGAUGUGCGGGGCAACCAGCAGGCCCUGCGGGCCCAGCUGCACCAGCUGCAGCUCCACGCCGCUGUGCUGGGCCAGGGCCAUGAACCUCAGCUGGCAGCCGCCCACACCGAUAGGGCCUCAGAGAGGACGCCCCUGCUCCAGGCCCCCGGGGGGCCGCACCAGGACCUGAGGGUCAACUUUGUGGCAGGUGCCGUGGAGCCCCACAAGGCCCCUGCCCUAGAGCGCCUGCUCUGGAGGGCCUGCCGCGGCUUCCUCAUCGCCAGCUUCAGGGAGCUGGAGCAGCCGCUGGAGCACCCCGUGACGGGCGAGCCAGCCACGUGGAUGGCCUUCCUCAUCUCCUACUGGGGCGAGCAGAUCGGACAGAAGAUCCGCAAGAUCACGGACUGCUUCCACUGCCACGUCUUCCCGUUUCUGGAGCAGGAGGAAGCCCGCCUUGGGGCCCUGCAGCAGCUGCAGCAGCAGAGCCAGGAGCUGCAGGAGGUCCUCGGGGAGACGGAGCGGUUCCUGAGCCAGGUGCUGGGCCGGGUGCUGCAGCUGCUGCCGCCGGGGCAGGUGCAGGUCCACAAGAUGAAGGCUGUGUACCUGGCCCUGAACCAAUGCAGCGUGAGCACCACGCACAAGUGCCUCAUUGCCGAGGCCUGGUGCUCCGUGCGAGACCUGCCCGCCCUGCAGGAGGCCCUGCGGGACAGCUCGAUGGAGGAGGGAGUGAGCGCCGUGGCUCACCGCAUCCCCUGCCGGGACAUGCCCCCCACCCUCAUCCGCACCAACCGCUUCACGGCCAGCUUCCAGGGCAUUGUGGACGCCUACGGCGUGGGCCGCUACCAGGAGGUCAACCCCGCUCCCUACACCAUCAUCACCUUCCCCUUCCUGUUUGCUGUGAUGUUUGGGGAUGUGGGCCACGGGCUGCUCAUGUUCCUCUUCGCCCUGGCCAUGGUGCUUGCGGAGAACCGGCCAGCUGUGAAGGCCGCGCAGAACGAGAUCUGGCAGACUUUCUUCAGGGGCCGCUACCUGCUCCUGCUCAUGGGCCUGUUCUCCGUCUACACCGGCUUCAUCUACAACGAGUGCUUCAGUCGCGCCACCAGCAUCUUCCCCUCGGGCUGGAGUGUGGCCGCCAUGGCCAACCAGUCUGGCUGGAGUGAUGCAUUCCUGGCCCAGCAUACGAUGCUUACCCUGGAUCCCAACGUCACUGGUGUCUUCCUGGGACCCUACCCCUUUGGCAUCGACCCUGUCUGGAGCCUGGCUGCCAACCACUUGAGCUUCCUCAACUCCUUCAAGAUGAAGAUGUCCGUCAUCCUGGGUGUCGUGCACAUGGCCUUUGGGGUGGUCCUCGGAGUCUUCAACCACAUGCACUUUGGCCAGAGGCACCGGCUGCUGCUGGAGACGCUGCCGGAGCUCACCUUCCUGCUGGGACUCUUCGGUUACCUCGUCUUCCUAGUCAUCUACAAGUGGCUGUGUGUCUCAGCUGCCAGCGCCGCCUCGGCCCCCAGCAUCCUCAUCCACUUCAUCAACAUGUUCCUCUUCUCCCACAGCCCCACCAACCGGCGGCUCUACCCCCGGCAGGAGGUGGUCCAGGCCAUGCUGGUGGUCCUGGCCUUGGCCAUGGUGCCCGUCCUGCUGCUUGGCACACCCCUGCACCUGCUGCGCCGCCACCGCCACCGCCACCGCCUGCGGAGGAGGCCCGCUGGCCGACAGGAGGAAGACAAGGCCAGGUUGCUGGACCUGCCUGACGCAUCUGUGAAUGGCUGGAGCUCCGAUGAGGAAAAGGCAGGGGGCCUGGAUGAUGAAGAGGAGGCCCAGCUCAUCCCCUCUGAGGUGCUCAUGCACCAGGCCAUCCACACCAUCGAGUUCUGCCUGGGCUGCGUUUCCAACACCGCCUCCUACCUGCGCCUGUGGGCCCUCAGCCUGGCCCACGCCCAGCUGUCCGAGGUUCUGUGGGCCAUGGUGAUGCGCACAGGCCUGGGCCUAGGCCGGGAGGUGGGCGUGGCGGCCGUGGUGCUGGUCCCCAUCUUUGCCACCUUUGCCGUGAUGACCGUGGCCAUCCUGCUGGUGAUGGAGGGGCUCUCGGCCUUCCUGCACGCCCUGCGGCUGCACUGGGUGGAAUUCCAGAACAAGUUCUACUCGGGCACAGGCUACAAGCUGAGUCCCUUCACCUUCGCUGCCACAGAUGACUAGGGCCCACUGCAGGUCCUGCCAGACUCCCGUCCUGACCUCUGAGGCAGGAGAGGAAUAAAGACGGUCCGCCCUGGCA